AUGCCAUUAUCAGCAGUAGUAGAAGAAGCAGCAUCAUCGAAGCUUUUGUUGUUGCAGAAUUUAGAUACCUAUGGAGGAGAAAGUGGAGGUGCAGGCUCUGAAUUCAACCCAAUUCUGAUACAACUUGCAUUAUUAUGUACGGUUGUUGGUUCCUGCAUAUCUUUCUUUUCAGUUUGGUUGCAUUGGAAAAAUUAUAGAAAGCCGAAUCAACAAAGACAGGUUAUUCGUAUAUUAUGGAUGUACAGUAACAAAAAGCAGCAGCAGUCUGAAAAAAAUGAUAUAGAACUGACGUAUUCUUUCAAUUCAGGUACUUAUAUUUCACUCGUUUCACUUAACGUUGCGUUCUACGUCGACACUUUCCGAGAUAUUUAUGAGGCAUUUGUCAUUUAUGCCUUCUUCAAUCUUUUACUCAACAAGUUGGGAGGCGAAAGAGCAUUAAUCAUUAUGCUUCAUUCAAGACCUCCAUCACAAAACUUCUUUCCUGGUACAUUGUAUUCGAGAGAAAUAUUUGUCGGUGAUCCUUACACUUUCCUUUUUGUGAAAAGAGGCAUUCUGCAAUUUGUUUAUGUUAAGCCUAUCCUAGCUAUUCUGACUAUGAUUUUGAAAGCAACUGGCAACUACAAUGAAGGUCAGUUUACAUGGUCAAGUUCGUAUGCUUGGUUGACGUUCUUUUAUAAUUUGAGUGUUUGUUUAAGUUUAUGGUGCCUGAUGGUGUUUUUCUAUGCGACAAAGAAGGAUUUGACAUCUUUCAGGCCUCUACCGAAAUUCCUUUGUGUAAAAGCUAUCAUUUUCUUUUCUUUUUGGCAAGGUGUUGUUGUAGCAUUACUCGUAUUUGCUGGAAUCAUACCCGAAGCUGAGCAUAUUUCAGUUGCAAUCCAGGAUUUCCUUGUAUGCAUAGAAAUGGUUCCUUUCGCCAUCGCUCAUUCAUUCUCUUUUUCUUAUGAAGACUACUUUGAUCAAACAGUUCAUUCUGCUCGCAUGCCUAUUCGAAAAGCCAUCAAGGACUCUUUUGGUCUUAAAGAUGUCGUAAUGGAUACAUUAACCACCAUGAAGGGCUCUGGUUUCAGUUACCGUUCCUUCGAGCCUUCUGAGGGUGUACCGCAUAUGGGUAGCAGCCGUACCUCUCGUAUAAUGGCGGGAUUACGUUAUUCAAAUAUUACAACAAAGAAGCGUUGGUUAGAGCCCGUUCCUACAUCACGGUUCCUUACCUCGUCAGGACGGGGUAUGAAUGAUGAAGUUCAGCCAUUGGAAGAGCCAGAACCAUUAGCUUUUGACGACCCCGAUCCGUCAGAUCCAAUGGAGGCAUUAUAUGAAGCGAGUCGGAAGAUGGUAUUUGGUGAUUAUAAUUACCCUGUGGUCGAUUUCCGAGUACCAUUAUGGCGGCUGGCUCGGCAAGAACGUCGUCGUCAACAACGAGGUUAUGGUACAUCAAGUAUAACAACCACAAUUAGCGCUGGAAUGCAACAGCAAGGGCAAGAGCAGCAUAACAAUUAUAUCAGUAGCUUGGUAGGAGAAUACAGUCGUAAAAAGAAGAAAUCCAAGAGACAUCAGCGAAGAAAUAGUGAUGAAAACCUAAUUGGGCCCAGGGAAGGGUGCAUUGAUGUCAUUAUUGAGCAAGGAAAAGGACAUUAUGUACUAGUAGAUGAUUUAUCAGACGAAGAAGCACAGCUACCUGUGAAAGAAUUACCUUCGUUACCUAGUAGGAAACCAACAUUAUCCAAUAUAAAGCGGGCUGAUGGACCUUUCAUGAGCGCUAGUACACCUACUACUACGGCAAAAGCUGUUUCACCAAAAAUUGCUGUUAUGAGGCCAAUAUUGAGCAAUACAAAAAUGGCUAGUAGCAGCAGUACCAUUAUUGCAAAUGCUAUUCAUAACACAAACACGAAUCUUGACAAAACAAGAGAUAUCCAAAGUUCUUCAUCUACAUCCACAAAUCAAAGAUACCCUUCUACUGUUGCUACCGUGCAACAACACCAGCAGCAGCAAUCAAACAAUGUUAAAAACACUAUAUUUUCGACAUCACCCUCACAGCUAUCACCGUCACCGCGUACCUCACCUACUAUUACUACUAACAAUUUAGAUUACCAACAGCAACAGCCUUAUAUAGCUCAUAAUUACAGUCAUGAUAACCCGUCAGAUACUUGGCAAUGGUCACAGCGCAACAAUAACAUUCACAGUACCGCAGACGUUAGUGGCUCCAAUAAAAACUCGGAUACACUGAGUGAGGAAGAAAUUCUUAGCAGUGACGUUUGGAAAUAA